AAGGCGGGCAGCGCACCAAAACAAACAUGGCGUCGUCUGCUCCGGAUCGCCUGACAGUCCUACGGCGACACUUAUCCUGCCCUGGGCGAGACGGGGCGGGGCGGGGCGCGGCGGGGCGAUGGCAGGGGGCGGCGGCAGGACCCCAGGACACAAAGGGCGCGGCGACCCCUCCCGGCGGGCCCUCCAUACCCCAGAAAAGGCAGGAGGUCUUGAAGUGGAACGGCUGGGGCUACAAGGACUCCAAGUUUGUGGUUCAUAAAGGGGACGACUACUAUGUUUCCUUCACCGGCAACAGGUAGGUAACGCACAUCACACCUACCCACCAGAUUCUCGUACUCAGAGCCG